GAACUUUCACUCGUCUCACAGCACCCGCCUCGUGCGCUCGCACCCGAGUCCAUGACAAGUGACAAUCGCUGAGGGCCGUCACGAUCCCCUGCCUGCGCGGGCGCCUUCCCCCGCACAUCGGCAUCAGAGGGAAUCGCAGACAACCAGCACACUGGGCGCUGCCCCUCGAUGAUUUAGCACACGGCCACUACACGAGACGACAACACCUGCCCCGCCUCGCUCGAAAGUCCUUGUCUUUUGUAAAUCUAGAGACGUAAUCGACACUUGCGAAAUUAUCCACCGAGAGCCGAGAAUCGAAAAUCGAAAAUCGAAAAUCGAGAAUCGAGAAUCGCGACUCUGCGCCUCCAGAGGGGCGGCAUGUCUCACAACCCACACCUCUCUCCCCACGGACAAGCUGCACCUGCAUCUCCGGCAGAAUAUGGGGUAGCAUUGCCUGCGAGUCGGGCUUUAUCGCAGUCUCGGUCGGCGGAUUCACCUUCGGAAGGAGCAGGUUCGGCCGGUCUGGCGGCUAGCGAAGCGAUGCCGAACUCAACCAAGCUCACUUUCAAGGAGCGAUGGGCUGUCAACGCCUCCGAGUCUCAAUUCAACGCGCUUGCCGGCGCAAUAGGCGGUUUCACAUCGGGCAUCGUCACCUGCCCGCUCGACGUCAUCAAGACAAAACUGCAGGCCCAGGGCGGCUUUGCCAGGCAAGGAUCACGGCACCCGAGGAUCUACAAGGGGCUGUUUGGAACAGCUAGUGUCAUUUGGAAUCAAGAAGGGAUCAGGGGCUUGUAUAGGGGCCUGGGGCCCAUUAUCAUGGGUUAUUUGCCGACGUGGGCGGUGUGGUUCACAGUCUACAACAAGACGAAGCGGUUGCUGGGUGAAUAUCAGACAAACAGUUUUGUUGUCAACUUCUGGUCUUCGAUCGUGGCCGGCGGCAGUAGCACCAUCGUCACGAAUCCUAUCUGGGUCAUCAAGACCCGCCUCAUGUCACAGUCGACCAGCCACGACAGGACACAGUUUUCGCUCUUCCCUAGAAGUGCCAACACACCAACAUCACGCCCGGCCCUGCAUCAGCCAUGGCACUACAAGUCCACAUGGGAUGCGGCACGCAAGAUGUACACGACAGAGGGCAUUCUUUCAUUUUACUCCGGUCUCACGCCGGCCCUUCUCGGCCUUACCCACGUGGCCGUGCAGUUUCCCGCUUACGAGUAUCUCAAGGUGAAGUUCACCGGCCGGGGUAUGGGUGCAGCUGUCACAGAAGGCGAGGACGACAAAGCCCACUGGUUCGGCAUACUGUCGGCCUCCAUAAUGUCGAAAAUACUGGCCAGCAGCGCGACAUACCCACACGAAGUCAUCCGUACAAGGCUACAAACACAACGUCGGCCGAUCCCAGGACACGAAUACAUGGAGGGCUUAGGCGGCGUCCAGCCCGGGGUGAACGGGGCUUCUCAGCAACCGCAGUCCGGGCCUAAGUACAAGGGAAUCAUCUCGACGUUCCGGAUCAUGCUUCGCGAGGAGGGCUGGCGGGCAUUUUAUGCCGGUAUGGGCACCAACAUGAUGCGCGCUGUGCCGGCAGCGACGGUCACAAUGCUCACGUAUGAGUACGUGAUGCGCCACCUUAACCUCGCGCGCCUAGGCGGGAAAGAGAAGCUGCAGUUGCAGCAGCUUGAACAGCAAACGUUCCCGGGGCCAUAGGCCGACGGGCGAUUUGAAUCUCCGGGGCUACGACCUACCUUUACCUGAAGAGUCGGUGGGAUACGAAUCUCGCCAGCGUUUUCCUCCACCCUUUUCUCGGGCUCUUGAGCAUCAGUUUGGACCGUUUCGGUCCACGAUCUGUGCAGGAGGCAUCCUAGCCGCCUCUUGGUGGCCCGUUUCCCAUACCCACGACAGCGGCAGGCAACGGAGCUGGCAUAUUGUACCCAUUGAAGAGUAAAUGGGUAUCUUGCUUUGCACGAUAAUCGCGUUAGCCUCGAAACGGCGCGCGGUUCCGUGAUAGAUUUGGGCGGGCGUUGUGUUUAGCGACCGGAUCGACAAGCAUGCAUGCAAGCAAGCGGAACACCCUCAUUCAUUUCUCCCGGACCGACGAGUCUUCCUUUUCUUUUCUUUCCUAUUCUUUUUUUGCUCUACCGCCUCUAUUUUCGGACGGCUGGGCGGGCUGGCAUCUCUUGCAUCCCUGAUUUAGGCGCACUGGGUGGGCAGUUGAGCUACUUUCCUCAGAGGUCCCGGUUUCAGCUGGGCCCCAGGCUUACUCGGCUUUGGGUUUUCUGUUUGCAUGCAGCAAGCAAGCAUUGCGGCGUGUUGGGGAGGGGCCAUGCAUACACUGGCGGAUGGAGAGAGAGAGAGGUAAGGAAGGGUUGGGCUAGAAUACGGCCCUGCUGGGCUGUGGUUCACAUUGUACAUAUACAUACGCACAGGUAUAGAGGAUGGCCGUAGGCGUUUUGCGGCAGCACGGAGGAGCAAUCCGAGGUAUGAUGUGCCGACCUACGCGGAGUGAAGAAAGCCGUGUCUCGA